AUGAAGCGGACAGCUGUACUGCAGGGCAUGGGCGGAUCGGCAAGCACCGCAAGCAUCCGGGUGGCUGCGGAAACUCGGGUCGGAAUGCGCAACUUCCACCUCAUCAAGCAUGGCAAGGUCAUCCCCACCAUCAACGUGGAGCGCCUGUGGUCCCUGGUGUCAGAGCAGACACGAUUGUUCUACAAGGACAAGACAGACAAAGCUCCCGUCAUCGACGUGAUGAAGGCUGGCUACAUGAAGGUGCUGGGAAAGGGCCAGCUUCCCGAGCAGCCGGUGAUCGUGAAGGCACGCUACUUCACCAAAGAGGCGGAGGAGAAGAUCAAAGCUGCAGGUUUGCGCAGCAGGCAUGUUCAGGUGUGGAACACUUUGAACUUGGCGCCCGAUGACGAUGGGAUCAUCUUUCCGUCUCACUUUGUCUUUACCGACCAGCACGCACAGGCCGUUCUGUAUAGAGACUUCAUUUCCAAGGCUGUCGAAGAGGUGAUGCAGGGAGUGAGCGCCGCCGUCAUCUCUUGUGGCCCACCGUCCAGUGGGAAAAGUCACACCCUGCUGGGAUAUGGAGCAGAUCCAGGGCUGAUCCCGCACGUGACUCUCCAGAUAUUCCGCCAUUUCUCUGCGACUGGGCAGCCCGCCAGAGUGUGGUGCUCAUUCCUGGAGGUGCAUAACGAGGAGGUCACAGACCUUUUGGCCCCGCUGCCUCCGCUACAAUCGAAGGAGGCGAACCUCGAGGUCGUCGAAAUGCCUGGUGCAUCUGCGCAUGUCCUCGGACUCACUCAGGGCUUUGUGGAGUCCGUCGGCGAGGUGCAGCAACUAGUGGACUACGGCAACAAGAAGCGUGCCGCACGUUCCAAAAUCCUGGGAGUGCACGGAUACUCACACACCGUGCUGUCUCUCGCCGUGGAACCUGGAGGGAGUGCUCAUCAGCAGAGGCCUCACAUAUCCUUCGUCGAUUGUGCCAGCUACAAUAGCUUCAAGGAUGUGUCGCUGCUUGGCCUUUCGGAGGCCCUGAAAGAUCUGGCUAUGGGUGGGGCACGUGCCCGAGGUUUGGGAAAAGCCUUCUUUCGGCGGAGUGCUUUGACGCAGCUGCUGGAGGAUGCACUUUGCUGCCGGGAGCGGCUCCUACUCCUUGCAACGCUUUCGCAAGGUGAGGCCUACAGCGAGGCUGCCGGCUACCUGGAGAUGGUCCAGGGCACCGUCGAGGCCGCGGCCAGGAUCGAUGCAAACGGACCGGAAGGCUCAGGUGUGUCCACUUCGACGCCUCUCUUGGACCAGGCGAUCGAGGCGCUGCAAAGAUCAAUGCAAAGGAGCAGGUUUGGGCCAGAGAUUGCCUUGAAGGAGGCACGGCUUGCUACCCUUCAGCGUGUUUUGGCUGAGCGCUUCGCUUGGACGGCUCCACUCAAGGAGCAAGCCGCAGGCACAAAGGCCCUUCUGCAGGCGCAGAUGCAGUCCUUAAGAGCCUGGGGCUUUGCGUCCGAUGAGGACUUGGCUUCAGCAGCUGCAUAUCUUCCCCGUCUUCACAGCGACCCCAUGCUUACGGGUUGCCUUGCAUAUGCAGUGUACCCGUACGGUUCCCGAAUCCUCGGCUCCACGCAGGGCCUCUCAAUGCAGGGCCUGGGAAUCGCUCCAGAACACUGCGAGAUCUUCGACACUGGAGGUGGGCUCUGGCUGAAGCACUUGGCACCCGGCAGGUACCGUUUGUGCCUGAACGAUAAGAUGCUGGAUGGUACCUCACCGGAGCCACUGACCAAUGGUGAUCGCGUGCAGCUGGGCUGGGCACACGAACUAUUGGUCGUGACCGACGAGCGCUCGGAGAUGUGCCCGGAGGUCCGGAAAGAUCCCGCAACCAGGCCAAUGGCGAGCCUCAUCGACGAAGCAAACGAGCUUGCAAAGGAGCUGGAUCACCUGCAGAUUGCAUCCCAAGAGUCCAAGUUUUUCGAGGUGGUGGAUUCCUUGCCGCCUUCAACGGCAGUUUCGGGUGCAACGAAGGAGCCUCUUAUACGCUUGCGCCACCGGUCACAGGUGACGGAAGAUGCCGUGACGGUUUGGCCGGUGUCGGAUUUUCGCUCGGAGGUGAAGCGCAUGCGGGACCUGUUCAGGGCUCCGCUUCCCACGCGCAGUGCAGCAGGGAGCAAGGUUCUGGAUGUGGAGGAGGGGCAGAGCGGAGCUGAAAGCCGAGUUCUGCACCCAGAUCACCACUUUGACAGAGCAAGACGAUUUGGAGCUCCCGCCCUGAGCAUGAGUAUCGGAAAAUGGGCCCAAUCUACGAACCUAUCUGAUACAUCUACAUUUGCCACGGAAGUCUAA